GUAUCAGCCACAGACCCCGAGUGCGGGACCAACUCUCCCGUGACCUAUAAGAUGGCCCGUAUGCAAGCCCCACCAAGAGAGUUCAAGGUUAAUCCAACUACUGGAGAAGUCUGUGUCCAGUCAGAGCUGGACUAUGAAGUCGCCAGCAGUUACCAGUUCCAGGUGGAGGCGACAGACACAGAUGGCUUAUCCACACAAGCCGUGGUGCAGGUGGAAAUCACAGAUUUCAAUGACAACCAGCCCAGAUUUGAACCCAGGGAAUACCCCAUCAAUGUGCUGUUAGGCUCGCCUCCGGCACAGCUGGUUACAGUCCAGGCUCGCGACAGAGACAGUGGCUUGAUAGGAACAGGUGCCAUCUCAGUGAAGAGAAGCCUACCUGAAGGGAUGUACACGCUGAAAGUGCUGGCUACUGACGGAGGAGGUUUGACAUCUCCUGAUCCUGGGCUGGUGACAGUGAGUGUCAUCAGUGGCAACGUCCACCCUCCCAUCUUCACACCGACUAUGUUUAACUUCACUAUCAGUGAGGAUGUUCCGGUGGGAAAGAUGGUUGGUCAGGUGCAGGCCAACAUGGAUGACACAGGCGGAAAUAUGGAGAUCUCCUACUCCAGCCUCUUCCAGACUUUGGAUUGGUUCAACAUCGAUAACCGGACAGGGUCCAUCUUCACCAAGUCCAAACUUGACCGAGAGACAAGUCCCUUUGUGGUCAUUAGUAUCCAGGCUAAAGCGGGUUUCCCUCCUGUUUAUGCUGUAGCUCAGGUAAAUGUCACAAUUCUGGAUGUCAAUGAUAACGAACCAAUUUUUCCUGCAACAACUCUGCAGGUACUGCCCUUAUAUGUGGCUCGAGCACAUGAUAAGGACACUGGGAAUAACGGAACCAUACGUUAUCGGCUUCAUAAUGAGCCAAGUGAUACUUUUACUAUCAAUGAACAAACUGGCCAGUUAAAUCUAACCAGGCAGUUGGAUUAUGAACGACAUCGGGAAUAUUUAUUGUUGGUAGUUGCAGAGGAUUUAGGGACUCCAGUGAGGUUAAGUUCUAAUAUGACCUUGACAGUCAAGGUGAAGGAUAUCAAUGAUAAUCCUCCUAAGUUUGAUCGAGCUGUUUAUGAUUUUUCCGUAGCAGAAAAUGUUCCGAUUGGUCAACCAAUAGACAGGGUCAUAGCUACAGACGAUGAUUCUGAACACAACAAGAGGAUAUCUUUCUCAUUGAAAAAUAACCGAUAUGAUUCCGUGUUUGGGAUCUCCCCCAUUGAAGGCAUCAUCUGGACUCGAGAUGUUUUAGACAGAGAGCUUCGGGAGAUGUAUGAGUUAGUGGUGGAGGCAGUAGACCAUGGGAGUCCAGCUCCAAUGACUGCAACAGCCCAGAUUAGGAUCCUUGUUACGGAUGUUAAUGAUAAUGACCCUGUUUUUACCCGAGAGGAGUAUCGAUUUUCCAUCCGUGAAAAUCUAGAGUCUAGUAGUUUGGUUGGCCAGGUUGUUGCUCAUGAUAAAGACAGCGGAAAAAAUGGACAGCUCCAAUUCUUCUUCGCUGGACCCCAGACUAAUUUUACAAUUAAUUCUGUAAAUGGUGAGAUUCGAACUCAGGUCUCUUUAGAUAGAGAGGUCAUAGCAGAGCAUGUCAUCACAGUGUAUGUGUCUGACAAGGGAGAUAAUCCAAGGACAGCUGUUACUAAAGUCAAGAUCAAGGUGAAAGAUGAUAACGAUAAUGACCCAACGUUCCAGAGACAAGGACCGGUGUCCGUUAGCAUUGCAGAGAACAGACCCAAGGGAACUGAUGCUGUCACACUAGUGGCUGUCGAUCCCGACGAGGGAGAUAAUGGCUUGGUUAGCUAUUUCUUUGAUAAAGAUCGAAGUGAAGCUGCAGCCUUAGCCAGCUUUGAAAUUCAUCCUCGGUCUGGUUUGGUGUCCACUAGAGAAGUCUUGGAUUAUGAAACACAAACCAUAUACCACUUGACGGUUGUGGCCAGGGACAACGGCAAACAGUUCCGGCAGAACUCACAGUCACUGACCAUUUCAGUGCUGGACACGAAUGACCAAGCCCCCUUGUUUCACGCCAGGGAUAUACACUUUGACUGUGUGGAGAACGUUAGCAUCGGGACUGUUGUUGGUCAGGUCAAGGCCACAGACAAGGACUCCGGGGAAAAUGGGAAAGUCAAUUACUAUCUUGUUGGAGGAAACGUCUUCAGCUGCUUCUCUGUUGAUCGUGUGUCAGGCAUCAUUAUCACUGUGAGAGAGGUUGAUUUCGAGGAAGCUUCCUCACACUUUCUCAGUAUUCAGGCUAUAGAUAGCAGCACGGCUUUGCCCAGGAGUAGCAAUAUCAGUGUGACAAUUGAUGUUAUUGAUAUCAACGACAAUGCCCCAGUGUUUGAACAAGACCCAGUUAUCAUUCGGACAGUUGCUGAAAAUACACCCAGAAACCAUAUUGUUCACAAGUUCAAUGCCAGGGACAAGGACUCUGGCAUCAAUGGGACCGUUCGCUAUUCCAUCGAAACAUACUCUGGGCAGGAAGACAAACUUGGCCCAUAUUUUGACAUCAACCGUGAGACGGGAGAAAUGUUUGUUGUAGGAAUCAUUGAUUUCGAGAAGGUUGACCAGAUUUCUGUGAUUGUGAAAGCCGAAGAUGCCUGCCCUUUUAAAAAUCAUGUCCAACAUUCAUUGAUGACAACCAUUGUUUUUGUAACUGAUGUCAAUGACAACCCUCCAGCAUUCGAGUCUACGAGCAACCUGGUAGUCUCUGAGGAAGAGGCUAUUGGCUACAUGAUCCUGGCAAUUGUUGCUGUUGACCCAGAUUCGAACAUUGAUGCUAGUGGUAACAAUGUGGUGAAGUAUCAGAUUGUUUCUGGCAACGAAGAUGGGAAAUUUAUUUUGGGAUCAGAUACAGGCUAUCUCAGUAUCUCUGAUGCCCUGGACCAUGAGAAGCAGACAAAUUACUCACUGAACAUCAGUGCCGAAGACUCGGGCAUGCCCAGGAUGGUCAGCUACCAGCAGUUGCAGAUCAAGGUCACAGACACCAAUGACAAUGCCCCAGUUUUCAACAAGUCUGUCUACCAAGCCAAUGUAUCAGAGAACUCAGCUCCGCAGACUCCCAUCAUCAAGAUUCAAGCAUUGGAUGCUGAUACCGGUGACAAUGGUGCCCUGACCUAUCAGAUCCCCAAUGGAAUUGCUGGCAACAUGUUCACAGUGGAUGCUCAAACUGGUGUACUGAGUACCAAAGUUGCCCUUGACAGGGAAGUCAAGGAUUCUUACACCAAUAAGCUGUAUGUUGUGCAGAUCCCUGAGAACAGGGGUCAGACUUCGGUGCUGACCCUGGCGGCAUCUGAUCGAGACUUGGGAGAGAAUGCUAGAAUUACUUACGCUAUCACAGAUGGUAACGAUGGCAACUUCAGCAUUGACCCACACCACGGGGACAUCACCACAGAGCCACUGGACAGGGAAACCAGAUCCACCUACAACUUGACCAUCACAGCCAGUGACCACGGAACAAACUCACAGUCGGCAACUACGAUUGUCAUUGUCACCGUACUGGAUGAGAAUGAUAACAGUCCUGUGUUUAGUGAAUUGGCGUACAACACCUCUGUGCCAGAAAACACAAAGGAAGGAAGUGUCCUCCUGAAAGUGUCAGCCAAUGACCCAGAUCUGGAACAAAAUGGCCAGGUGAUGUAUUCACUGGGCAACAACACAGAUGGUGUCUUUGAGAUCAACAGCACCACCGGAGAAAUCACCACUAGUGGGGUGUUUGAUAGAGAGAAAGUGGCCAACUACUCGUUUCUGGUGGUUGCAUCAGACAAUGGAGUGUUUGGACCAAGGAACUCCACCAGUCACGUCUUCAUCACCAUCACAGAUAUCAACGACAACCCCCCAGCAUUCGCCCUGGUUCCCUACACCGUCAGUCUCAGCCCGGAUCCUGACUUCGGCAGUAAUGGCCUCAUAGAAUACACACUGCAAGCAAAUACUGGAUCUAAUGACAUCAUGCAGAACAAUUGUGUUUCUUGUGCUUGCUCAGGUGUCAUUGAAAUCACAGUUGGCACUGGAGACAGCAACAUACUUCAGUUCUCUCAGCCGGAGUAUAGUGUUCAGAUUCCAGAGAACUUUGGCAGGGGUAACUCUGUUAUCAACAUCACAGCUAGUUUUGUGUCUGCAUCACAACCGUCGCAGUCCACAGUGUACAGCUUUGCCAAUGGAAAUGAGAACAAAGCUUUCAGGAUUUCUAACAGGACAGUGAAAGUAAGUAACUUCUGUAUGACUGGGCCAUUUAAUGUCACUGUACAUACCUUCUCUGAGAUUGUCAUUUUGUAUAAUCAUGCACUGCACUCCAUAACUCUAGGUCGUGAUGUGGGCUACACUGUUGUAACUGAUGGCAAGCCUGACCAUGUGAGGACGACCUGGUUGGAUAUUUAUGUUGAUGAUGAAAAUGACAACCCUCCAGUGUUUUCUCAGUCUAAUUACGAGGUAGCCCUUCCAGAGCAGACUGGGCCCCAGCAGUCGGUGAUCACAAUCUUGGCCAGUGAUGCAGACUCGGGUCGGAACGCAAAGAUAACCUACAGCAUGGCACCCACGGCUAUCGACAGCUUCUACAUCAACUCUCAGACAGGUACAAUCUACACAAAUCGUACGAUCGCAUUUACUUCGGGGCAGUCCAUCAUCCAGUUGGUGGUCGUUGCAAAAGAUAAUGGGACCGUUGUACAGUCGUCCAUGGUGUCAGUUCACAUACAGAUCACUGACGUCAACAAGUUCACACCGAGGUUCCUGGGACCACCAAAAUAUGUUGCCCACAUCAGGGAGUCAGCCCAGAGAGGCAGCGAAGUCCUCCAAGUGUCUGCAGUAGACGAGGACAACAGCCACCGUGGCGACAAUAUCAACUACACAAUCAUUGGUCCUGGCAGCGAAAUCUUCCUUAUUCGUCAGCGCACUGGUAACAUUUUCGUCAAUGGAGCCAUUGAUUUUGAGGUGAAAAAACAAUAUGACUUAACAGCAGUAGCCACCGAUCGAGGCAUUCCACCAAAGAAUUCUUCAAUUGCUGUUACCAUUUUCGUCGAUGAUGAGAAUGAUAACCCACCAGUGUAUCUGGAAGACAAAUAUUCUAUUACUUUGGAGGAGAAUGCAGAGGCACUAAAGGUGUUUUUAUUUGUCAAUGCUACAGAUGCCGAUUCAGGGGUUAAUGCUGCCAUUAAGUAUUCAAUCACUUCAGGGAACAGUGAAGGCAUCUUCUUGAACCCACACAACGAAGGCGGGCUGAUGAUAAUGGAAGGAAUGCAUCUGGAUUACGAGUCACACCAGUCCCAUCGGUUGAUCAUUCGGGCGGUCGACUGCAAUGGCUGUCCUCCAACAACUCCUCGUCUGUCGUCGUUUGUGACAGUGGACAUCAUUGUCACGGACGUUAAUGAGUUUAAGCCUCGCUUCCCGGUCAAGCAUUACCUGGAGGACAUCCUGGAGGGCUCAGAAGUGGGCAGUGUUGUAUUUCGAAUGGGUUUAGUGACUUACAGCCUCAUGAAUGAGUAUGAUUUUGAUAAAUUCUCUAUAGACACCUUGACUGGGGAAGUUAGUUCCAAGUAUGUUUUUGACUACGAGGCAGAGAAAGCCUUGCAUCUGUAUAAUCUGACCAUCAUUGCCACAGAUGGAGGGCAGUAUUAUGAUAUGGCUGAUGUGACUGUCCGAGUUGUGGACAGAGAUGAGUAUGACCCAGUCCUCGCCGCAGAACAAUAUACCUUUGAGGUGCCUGGUUCUGCCAAAGCAGGGCAUUUCAUUGGUCAGAUUUCUGCUUCUGAUCGAGAUGGAGGAGAGGCAGGCAGACUUGUUUACUCAUUUUUAGAGGCCAGCGAAUACUUUGGUAUUAACCCAUUCACAGGAAACAUUAGUGUUAUAGUCACUCUUCACGAGGACCCGCCCAGACCCCGACAAGGGACGCGACAGAAAAGAACCCUCACAACUGACCAAGAGAUACUCACAAUUAUGGUGUCAUCAGGGCAGACUGGAUCAAGGCGAGAUACUGCCCAGUGUGUUAUCACCAUUGACCGCCUGUGCCCCAAUUGCGCAGCACCUUUGGGCAGUAUUGUGGAUAAAAGUGAUGUUGAGGGCGGAGUCCUAGCUGGAAUUAUCUUAGCUUGUAUAAUUGUUGUCGUGUUAAUUGUUUUGGGCAUUCUCUUUUUGGUCUAUCGACGUAACAACACUGGAAAGUCAGUGCCCAACUACUCCAGUGAUUCCACUCUGGAUUUAGAACCUCCACCGCAGCUUCCAUAUGACAGAUCUGGAUACGCCGACAUCAUCCGGAUCAACUGUCCUCCUGCAAAUAACCAGCUGGUAUCCGAUGUCUCUGAUCAGUCACACAAUUCAGCAUCCAGUGGCCGAGGCUCUGCUGAAGCAGAGGAGGAGGAUGAAGAAAUCAGUAGAAUUAACUCCAACAGUUUUUUACACUCUUCCCAAGCAUUCCGUCAGAAAGCUAUGCCAGACUCUGGCAUACAACACGAUGAUGAAACUUUGUCGGAACCAGCAGUGCAGACCCAUCAGGAGUACCUGGCCAACCUUGGCAUCGAUUCCUCUAAGAUUGGCAAAGUCAAACCUGUGAUAAGAAAUAAUAAUAUUUAUAGUAACAGUAAUAAUAACAGUAAUAAUAAUAAAAAACUUGGGCGAUCGGCUGAAAGUAUGCACCAGUUUUCUGACGAAGGAGGAGGUGAAGGAGGUGUAGAUACCGACCUAGAAAAGUUGACAGAUCUAGAAACUGAUGAUGAAGCUGCAACCCUGGAGGUUCGAACCCAGGGUAUGAGUUUCCAUGAGCCAGAAACUCACAACCUGGGGUCAUUGUCAAAUGUGGUCAACACUGAAGAGGUUAAUGGCGGCUCCUACAACUGGGACUACCUCAUCGACUGGGGCCCUCAAUAUCAGCCCCUGGCUCAUGUUUUCUCAGAAAUAGCCAAGCUGAAAGAUGAAAGCGUCACUCCCAAGAAACAGCCAAUCAAAACAGUUCCUCAGCGCCAGUAUAGCUCAUCCCUAAAGCAGCCUCAGGUGCGGACAGUUCCCCCACCAAUUAUAACUAAUGCUCCUCCUUUGUCAGUUCCUCUGACAACCAAUCAAAACAGUGACAGUUUAACAUACCCACACCACAGCCAUGCAGUCAGAGGAAACAGCCAUCAGCUACAGCAUCAAGGGCACCAACCUCAGGCCCAUCACCAUGGACUCUUCCAUCACAACCACAGCCACCACCCCAGCAACGUGCAACAACAGAUGCCAAAAACUAGUCACAUACCUCAACAUCAUCAGCUAGCCCAACAUCCACCCGCAGCUCACAGCUCCCAGAUGUUUAGCCCUCAUCUCUGCCCCUUCCCCAACACCCGCUCACCACAGCAAGUACGGCAUCAACAAUUCCACACUCCACGAAUGGGCAUCCACCCACACAUCCACCCACCCCCUCCACUGCUGCCACCUCCACCAAUUCCACAACAGCAAACCUCUUCCUCUGGUAGCAGAUCACACCCAAACUCCACUCAUGCGUCCACUAUGAACAUCUCCCUUCCUUCCCUCCCUAGAUCUCCAAUCAGCUACGAGUCUAGUCUCACUUCUGCAGUUAUGACUCCUUCCUUGACGCCAUCACUGUCUCCCCUGGCAACCAGAUCCCCAUCUAUCUCACCUGUGGUCAGCAGUGGUCACAACACACCUGGAAAGUCCAGUUCUAGACAAAACUUGACCCAGAGGUCCUCCAAGGCACAGAGUAUGUCUUCAGGUUCUGAGAGAGAAUUCACUAUAUAG